UUCCUGAAACGGCGUUUGCCAUAAUGUUUACGUAAAAACGUGUUUUGUAAAUAAGCUGCUGUUAAAUGUAGUAAACUAUUUUUUAAGAGCCAACUUAAAAUUUCUCAGUCCUCGGUGUAAUGAACAGCACGACCAAAUUCAGUAGUAACAAACUAACCAUUUCUGUGGUGUUAUACACUUUUUUGUUGUACGAGAAACUGUCGUGUUUCGUGUUGGAAAAAUGCAGCGACGACACCAAAUGCAACGGAGGAGCAAGAUAUGUGGUCUGCGGAAUUUGCGGGUACUCCAAGGUAGUUUCCACCAACAUCUGUCUUCGACCAUUCCGAAACUUGUACGACGAUAUCCACGGCGGGGCUUGUAAAAGGAUUGAAGACCAUUGCAAAAGGUGGCCUUGCGACUCGCGCGGCACCUCCCGGUCCUACGAAGGAUAUGGACUCUGCAGAUGCCAAUGUAAAAAUAAUCACUACGGCAGUUUUUGUGCGAAUUCAGGGAGUUUGGAUUGGUCGACGAUUUUUCGAGGAAAAAAGUACACGAGUGGCGUACAGGUGCUGGUGGAAUUAGUGGUUUCCAUAGACACGUUCGUGACCGUGUUCGUGAUGGCUCAGAGCGUAAACAUUAACACCACGAAAGUGAUACUGUCGUCCGGCGAUGGGAUGCUCUUCAUGGAGGCCGACAGAUCUGUCAUCAACAAAGAGAGCUCGGCAGGCAAUGACGAAGCUUAUUGCUACAAAAGAAUGCAGCAGAGUCCAAUCUGUAAAUACUUCUCAAUGUCUAAAUGUGUUUUAGAAGUGGCCGCAGCAUACGAACUAAGGAUAAAAUAUCCUUAUCAAGGAAUUAAGGAUAGAAAUGAUAUAAUCCAACUGCGUGAUGUUGCACGGGGUUAUGUGACCAGUCUGUUUGCCGAUAUAUACGAUAAAAGUCUGUAUCUAUUUACUGUUCAUCAAACCGUCCUUGUUUUGUAUCCUCGAGAGAAUCUUCCCUGCAUUCCUACGAUAGUGAUAGAAAACUGUAAGAAACGUUUCGACGGCCGUAGAAUUCAUGGAGGGAGUAUCACUUUAUCGUUGAGGAGUAGUGUAUAUAUACUGAGAGAAGGCACAAGCAGAUCUGACAGCGCAUUUCGUGUUAACAGUGGUUGCCCAGAAGCUCACAAUUAUAUGUGGGAGGCAUGGAGAAUCAUCCCGAACCUUAACAUGGAGGAGGAGGCGGCGAACUAUACAGCCACCAGUUUCAACUGGCAUCUCAAACCCAAUCGUAUGUUCCCCGGGAUAUACAUGAUCAAGCUGUCAGUUUCCAGCCAUCUCAGGAAUUUCGCUGUGUGCUAUCUCGAGAUUGUCGAGGGAAAUUAUCCGAGUUCAAGAAAGCCACUCCUCAAACACCGAGGUCGCCACAGAUAUAGGACACGAAAAAAGGAAAGAUAUCCUUUUUUCAGAAUGGAACCGGAUACUGACUAAAAUCUCAUCUGAGCGAAGCCAUUCAGGGCUAUUUCGAACUCGAAACCCGAUGGACUGCAAUUAGUGGUCCAGCAUUAUAGAAGCUUUUGGAAAUGUAAAUAAAGAAAUUGUGAACAUUAGUACUUUCUCUAAUCCAA